AUGAGUCGCCAGUUCACCUGCAAGUCUGGCUCCGGCAACAGGGGCUUCAGCGGCUGCUCUGCUGUGCUGUCUGGGGGCAGCUCAUCCUCUUACCGGGCAGGGGGCAAAGGACUCAGUGGGGGCUUUGGUAGUCGGAGUCUCUACAGCCUGGGAGGCGCCAGGAGCAUCACUCUCAACAUGGCCAGUGGCAGCGGGAAGAACGGAGGUUUUGGAUUUAGCCGGAACCGGGCCAGUGGCUUUGCUGGCAGCAUCUUUGGCAGUGUGGCCCUGGGACCUGUGUGCCCGGCUGUGUGCCCGCCCGGCGGCAUCCACCAGGUCACAGUCAACGAGAGCCUCCUGGCCCCACUCAACGUGGAGCUGGACCCGGAGAUCCAGAAAGUGCGUGCGCAGGAGCGGGAACAGAUCAAGGCUCUGAAUAACAAGUUCGCCUCCUUCAUCGACAAGGUGCGCUUCCUGGAGCAGCAGAACCAGGUGCUGGAGACCAAGUGGGAGCUCCUGCAGCAGCUGGACCUGAACAACUGCAAGAACAACCUGGAGCCCAUCCUCGAGGGCUACAUCAGCAACAUGCGGAAGCAGCUGGAGACGCUGUCUGGGGACAGAGUGAGGCUGGACUCCGAGCUGAGGAAUGUGCGUGAUGUGGUGGAGGACUACAAGAAGAAGUACGAGGAGGAGAUCAACCGGAGGACAGCUGCCGAGAACGAAUUUGUGCUGCUAAAGAAGGAUGUGGAUGCAGCUUAUGCCAACAAGGUUGAGCUGCAGGCCAAGGUGGACUCCAUGGACCAGGACAUCAAAUUCUUCAAGUGUCUCUUUGAAGCUGAGAUGGCUCAGAUCCAGUCCCACAUCAGCGACAUGUCCGUCAUCCUGUCCAUGGACAACAACAGGAACCUGGAUCUGGACAGCAUCAUUGAUGAGGUCCGCGCCCAGUAUGAGGAGAUUGCCCUGAAGAGCAAAGCCGAGGCCGAGGCGCUGUAUCAGACCAAGUUCCAGGAGCUGCAGCUGGCAGCUGGCCGCCAUGGGGAUGACCUCAAAAACACCAAGAAUGAAAUCACCGAGCUGACCCGGUUCAUCCAGAGACUCCGCUCAGAGAUUGAGAAUGCCAAGAAGCAGGCUUCUAAUCUGGAGACGGCCAUCGCUGAUGCCGAGCAGCGAGGGGACAGUGCCCUCAAGGAUGCCCGGGCCAAGCUGGAUGAACUGGAGGGUGCCCUGCACCAGGCUAAGGAGGAGCUGGCCCGGAUGCUGCGUGAAUACCAGGAGCUCAUGAGCCUAAAGCUGGCCCUGGAUAUGGAGAUUGCCACUUACCGGAAGCUGCUGGAGAGCGAGGAGUGCAGGAUGUCAGGAGAGUACCCAUCCCCUGUCAGCAUCUCCAUCAUCAGCAGCACCAGUGGCAGCGGAGGCUACGGCUUCCGGCCCAGCACGGUCAGCGGUGGCUACGUGGCCAACAGCACUAGCUGCAUCUCUGGAGUGUGCAGCGUGCGUGGUGGAGAGACCAGGAGCCGAGGCAGCGCCAGUGACUACAAGGACACCCUAACGAAGGGCUCCAGCCUGAGCACCCCCUCCAAGAAAGGCAGUCGGUAGAGAGGGCUUCCCGACCUCGGAACCCCAGGGCCCCUGGAUUUGUCCUCAGCCACCCUCCUUCCCCCUCCACUGUUCUGAGUCUGGAUAGCUCUGGGCUGCCACGUGUGGUGCGCGUCCCGUAGACACCAGGGCUUCAUCAGCUUCAGCUCAUCUCUGCUCAGGUCCAGUUUCUUCCCCCCCACCAGCCUUUGCCUCUGUCCUCACCAUGCUGCCUGGCUUCUUGGGUCCCAGUCUGGGCUUUCUCAUCUGC